AUGGCCGACGACCAUGCUGUUACGAGCGGUAGCACUAGCGCCGACCAUUCGCCAUCCGCUGCGGUAUCGCAAGAUGCGCAAGUGUCAGGCUUGAAUAGCAUGGUUUCCACCAGCGCAUUCGAGUCAGCAUACCGUCCUCAAGCUCGUUUCAGUUUUCCUGCAGCAGCACAGCCCGAGAUCGUACGAGCCUACCAGAAGGAUACAUACUACAAGGACCUCUUCACAUCUCAAGUCUCUGAUGUGGUGCGAUCACUGUUCGGCACACGUGUACAGCACUCGCACGUAUCAUCCAUCUCACUGGUUGGCGCACUUGGAUACUACCUCCUCUCGACAUCGUCGAUUCCCGGCAUGGGCGAUGGACGUGGUGGACAAACGCUCGGUGAGGAAUACGUGAAUGCGAUUCCAAAGGACGUUCGUACACAUCGAAUCGUCAGUCUCCCCAAGCGACUCGCGUGGAUCCUUUUGCAUGUUCUCGGGCCGUACUCGCUCACAAAGCUCUACGCUCUACUUCGACGGUAUUCGGUGACGACCAAGGAAAAGCUCGAUACGGCCGAAGCAAGAGCUCGCGCACGUGCACGUGCGCUCGACAAACCCUUUGAUCCAUCCGCACACAACGGUGCGCAUAGACGCCUCGUCAACUGGCUCAGCAAGACGCUUCCUCCGCUCGAAACGCUUCAGUCCCAGGACGGAUGGUUGGCCUAUCUGUCAGCAGCGCAUCUGAUGCUGUUUUAUCUGGGUGGUAAGUUUUACAGUGCAGCACAGAGGCUGACGGGCGUAACCUACAUUUCGACAUAUCCCAAGAGACAAGGGUAUCAGCCGCCAUCGUACGAGGUACUGGGCGUGCUGCUAGGGAUCCAGCUGUCCGUGAAACUGUUGUUGGAACUGAGAGCGUAUAGAAGGAGCAGCAAGGCGCAGGCUGCGACGGCCGCGACGGCUGCGACGGCUGAGGAUCGGGAUGGAUCGGCUGAAAAAGCGUCCAAUGCUGCGAUGGAUCCAUCGACCACGGUGGUGAUUGACAGGACAGUGUUUUCGCAUACUUCGCAGCCUGCUCGACGUCUCGACGACACACAACAGCACGCUUCAAACUCGCACGGCGCGGAUAACAAGGUAGUCGAUCUGCUUUACGCUCACCUUCCAGACGACGCUACCGAUCGAAACGAUUCGGAUUCUGUGGCAAUAGCCAAACUCAACACAACGGCGGCAGCCACCAACGCACAAAGCACGUUGCAGUGUACGCUGUGCAUGGACCAGCGCACACCACACCGUGGAACAUCAGCCGUAACCGAAUGCGGACACUGCUUCGAUUGGUCCUGCAUCACCGCGUGGAUCGCCGAAAAACCCGAAUGCCCUCUUUGCCGACAACCGCUACAACUUCAUCGCAUCCUUCCCAUCUACAACUUUUAG